AUGGCUUCCAAUCCGCCCAUCGCCACUGUAUACGUGCGCAACCUCGAGGAGCGCGUCAAGCCCGAGCCGCUGAAGGAGUCGCUGCGCGCCAUUUUCUCCGAGUACGGCACCAUCCUCGACAUCGUGCACAAGACGAACCUUAAGGCCAAGGGCCAGGCAUUCGUCGUCUUCGACAAGCCCGAGUCCGCCGUCCAGGCCAUCGAGGACGUCCAGGGCUUCGAGCUCUUCGACAAGCCCAUGCAGCUCGCCCUUGCGAAAACACGGAGUGAUGCUACUGUCGCUACUACCGGAAGCAAGGACGAGUUCGAGCUGCACCAGCGGAGAAGACUAGCUGAGAAGGACAAGAAGAAAGCCGCGGAAGCAGCCGAAGAGCAAAAGCGGCUCCAGCGACCGGGCGCCGUCCCACCCACCGAAGCCAAGAAGACGACGCGCGGCGCGGCGCCGGGGGGGCUCAAGGCGACGGGCCCGGCGGUCAACGCGGUCGUGCCGGACGAGUACCUGCCGCCGAACAAAAUCCUGUUCGUGCAGAAUCUGCCGGACGACUACGACAUCGAGGGCCUCACGGCCGUCUUCGGCCGCUUCGAGGGCUUCCGCGAGGUGCGCCUCGUGCCGGGCCGCAAGGGCAUCGCAUUCAUCGAGUACGAGGCCGAGGCGGGCGCCAUCACGGCCAAGGAGAACACGGCGGGCAUGGCGCUGGGCGAGGCCGGCAAGCUUAUCAAGGUCACUUACCAGCGCCAGUAG